AUGGUGCAAAGACUCAUUGAGAAAAGCAAAGUUAGAGAACUGGAAUGCUCCCAGGCUCUGGAGGAAAGCCGAAGGACUCACAGGCAGAGCAAGACGUCCAGCAUCGUCCAGCUGAAAAGGAAAAAGUCAUCCAAGAACUCUAGCAAAAUGGCAUUCAAGGACUCAAAGUCUGAGGCCCUGUUGUCGGUGUGGAGUGCUUUUUCGACAUCAGCCACAGGUCCCCCCGUCACCCCAGAGCCCAAACCCUAUCACAUGGAUUCCAGAGAAAGUCCCACUGCAAACUUUAACAAGAUCAUCUUCUCUCGAAAACCUCUGAUGAGGAUGCUUCCGUAUAGCUCCCUUCUGGCCAGCAAGGAAAAACAUUUAAAUGUUUAG